AUGGUUAGACCACAACAGUACAGAGAAGGUAAAGAAGCAUGCGUUCCUCAUUUCCUAUUCUAAUUCGGAUGCAUCGACAUGGUCACAUCGGAGUCAAUGGAAGAAGCCAUGCUCGGUGAGCAAAUUGGGCGAUAAAUAGGCGGUGGAUCAAAAUGCCCACCGAUUACUGAGCCCCAUCUCCCUCCCUCCCUCCCUCCCUCCCCUUCGAUCGAUUCGCUUGUUUGUGGUGAUGGAGAAGGUAGGAGACACGAGGAGCAUGUCAAGGAGGCUUGUUGCUUUGGUCCCGUUGUUGCUUCUGCUUCCCACUACCUCCCGAGCCGCGUCGGAGUACAGAGAGGCCCUCGCCAAGAGCCUGCUCUACUUCGAGGCGCAGCGCUCCGGCCGCCUCCCCUACGACCACCGCGUCUCUUGGCGCGGUCACUCCGGCCUCACCGACGGUCUCGAACAAGGGGUUGACUUGGUUGGAGGAUACUACGACGCAGGGGACAAUGUCAAGUUCGGGUUGCCGAUGGCGUUCACCGUAACGAUGCUGUCGUGGAGCGUGGUGGAGUACGGCGGCGAUAUCGCGGCGGCCGGAGAGCUGAAGCACGCGUUGGAGGCCAUCAAAUGGGGGACUGACUACUUCAUCAAAGCCCACACGCAUCCUAACGUUCUCUGGGCGCAGGUCGGGGACGGCGACACCGACCACAGCUGCUGGCAAAGGCCAGAGGACAUGACGACGUCGAGACAAGCGCACAAGAUCGACGAGGAGCACCCGGGGUCGGAGGUCGCAGGAGAGACGGCUGCGGCCAUGGCGGCGGCGUCCAUAGCGUUCAAGGAGACCAAUCCACAUUACUCUCACGUCUUACUACACCACGCUCAACAGUUGUUCGAGUUCGGCGACAAGCACAGGGGGAGGUACGACGACAGCAUCGGGGCGGCGAGGAGGUAUUACCCGUCGGGGAGCGGCUACGGCGACGAGCUGCUGUGGGCGGCGCUGUGGCUCCACCGGGCCAGCGGGAGGGAGGAGUACUUGAAUUACGUGCUGGACAACGCAUACGACCUGAACGGUGCUACGUGGGCGAUCUCUGAGUUCAGCUGGGACAUCAAAUAUGCCGGUGUUCAGAUUCUUGCUUCCAAGCUGUUGAUGGAGGGAGGAAGAGAUCUACGAGAGGAGCAAGUGAGCAUAUUGGAGCAGUACAGAGCAAAAGCACAUCACUACUUGUGCUCUUGUCUCAGCAUGAACGACGACGAUAGCGGCAGCAACGUGGCCCGCACACCCGCCGGCCUCCUCUUCGUCCGCCGGUGGAACAACAUGCAGUACGUGGCGGGUGCCGCGUUCCUCCUCGCCGUCUACUCCGACUACCUCGCUGACUCCGGGGAACUCCUCCACUGCCCGCGGGGCUCCUCCGGCUCCCAGGACCUUCUCUCGCUCGCCAAGUCCCAGGUGGACUACGUCCUGGGGUCCAACCCCAGGGGCAUCAGCUACCUGGUGGGGCACGGUGGCAGGCACCCGAGGCGGGUGCACCACAGAGCCGCUUCGAGUGUGUCCUACAAGGUGGACCGGGCGUUCGUCGGCUGCACGCAGGGGUUCGACGAGUGGUACGGCCGGGGGGGCGAUAACCCGAACGUUGUGGUGGGAGCGCUCGUCGGAGGCCCCGACGACAAGGACGAGUUCAGCGACGUGAGAGGGAACUACGUGCAGACGGAGGCAUGCACGUACAACACGGCGCCCAUGGUUGGAGUCCUUGCAAAGCUCAGUGCAAAGCUGGAAGAGCAGCAAUGACUUGACUGUUGAGAGGAGCACAAAUAUUUCUUUUCUUCUUUGGUUCCUUAAAGAGAAUAGAAGUUCAAAUGUAAAGAUAGAAGAAAUAUGAUACUCGCUUUGAUCCGACAACAAAUAUGAACGAGAGAUACAUAUACUAAUGCUACAUAGUCUCACAUGGAAUAUGAGGGUAAUCAAAGUAUGAACAUUGGUGAGGCAUCUCAUGGGCAGGAAGAUGAAUGCAAGUGAGUGGAUCAAAGAAGAUUCCUCAUUCGCAUGUCAAUCCAAUUACCAUUGAAAUGAAAAUAGUCAACGAUGUGGAAUAUCUCAGGU